UACAAUGGACUUCCGCCGCCGGCCUUCCCAAGGCUACCGCAACAGCCAAGAAAGCCACAAUUAGCACUACUACACCUUUCCCUCCACCUCCCAAGACCUCUAAUGCCCUCCCACUUCCUGCUUCGUCAAGAAGCAAACCAUAUCUCUACCUCUAAAAGCCUUGAACUUGCUAGACUCCUUGAAGCAUUGUGGCGCGACCUCCAUCACCCACAGUAACUUCAAUUCACCAACCAUUAGUACCGUCCACGACCUCCAUCAGCCAUGACGAGCCGACGUUGCAAAGCGCGAGGACGCACCUCCAACGAGGACCGGACUCCGCGGCUUCGCAAGAAGAUUGGAGGAAAAUUUCAUCCACUGGUGGUUGUUGUUGCUGGAGAACCAGAGGGAAAAUUUCAUCCCUUUCCCCCCUGUCUGUAGCCUCCAGCUACUGCCGCCUUCAACCACCACCAUCGUCGCUGUUGGAAACGCCGCACCACCACCCCUUUUCUUCUUCUCUGUCUCGCGCAGCAGCCACCACGCAGCAUCUAUUUGCAGCGCCAUCUUCAACCACCACGACCAUCUUCAUCUCUUCGCAGCGCCGCCGUCGAAACCCAGAGACACCACGACCCUCUCCCCUCGGCCCACCAUCAUAAAACCACCGAAGCCUUUCCCCUGUUUCGUGCCUCAAACCAGAUCCCACGGCGUCAGAGACCCUCCUCUUCGCGGUACCCUAGCGCCACAACACUCUCCUUCCCUGCCUCAGACCACCGCCGCAUCCCUUUCUCUUUUCUUCUUCCUCUCGUCUUUUCCCUUCUCAUCUGUCCACUGACCCAUGGCCGAACCACCACCGGCGAUCGACUCAGCCGCCUCUAGCAGCUGCAACAUCCACCUCUCCCCUGAUUCCUUUUUGCUUUGUUCUUCAUUACAGGAUGAGUCGUCAACAGGCUAAAGCCUCCUUGGAUGAAGCAGAGAAAGGACGACUCGCCAAUGACCCUGCGCGCUUCAAGGAUAGAUUUGCGGAGGUAUUGUUUGAUAGCACAUACCGUAAGAAGAAGCUCCACUUUGAAGGACUGUUGGCAGAAGAUGAUGAAAUCCAUCAAUACGUCAACGGUCCGUGGGGAAGUGGGGCUGGAAUUUUCUUGUACAUGGACCGGUAGAAAGAAUCUGCCUCGUAUAGUCACUGAAUUCUAUGCCAACUUUUAUGAGAAGGACAUGGAGGAAGUGUUUCUUCGAGGUCGAACAAUUCCUGUGAAACCGGACAAUAUCAGAACUCUCCUCAAUAUUCCGCGGCCCGCUCGAGGAAAGGAUGCUUAUGAGAAACUGAAGUCCCUGCCAGCUCCCAAGAAACCAUGGGAUGAAAUUCUACAGAGAAUGUGAGCCAGGUUCAGAUUGGACUUACAAUGGAAAAAUGGCUCCCAUCAGAUUGAGAGCAAACCAGCUCACAAAGGAAGCCACUACUACAUGGCUUUACUUGAUCUUCAGCUACAUCGAGCCGAAAUCGCACUUCACUGACAUUACAUUAGAUGUAGCCACUCUACUGUACUGCAUCUUAGACGACAAGCAGGUGGAUCUCCACAAGCUUAUCCAUAACAAGAUGAAGGAUACCUUCAAAUCUCGCUCACUUCCAUUUCCGAGUCUUGUUAUGAGAUUGGCUGAGGAGAAUGGAAUCCACCCGGAUGAAGGCGAGUUGAUGAUUGAAACCUCCGAGCAUGCCAAAGUCAUUCCACAUGGGAUAAAGUUCAAGGGUGAAGCUGCGGAAUCAUCAAGACCUUGGCGCCGCCAUUCUACCACCGAGGGCUCCUCUUUGAACCCGAUGGCAGCUGUUUGGCAAAGGCUCACGGAGAUAGACACUCGAACCAUGAACCGUCUGGCAAGCAAUGAGCACCGCAACAAGCAGCGAUAUGGGCAACUCAUGGUGAUGGCUAAGGGACAGGAUCCAGGUCCGGAGGAGCCAGACACACCCGAGGAGGAGGUUGAGCAGCCUACAGACCAUGAGAGCGGAGAGGAAUAAGGAGAAUCGGCAAUGGGCGAGGACGAAGUCGAGGAGGACUCAUUCCACACU